UUGAAAAGCCUAGGUCUCGCUAAUACUGGUGUGGUUUUGGCUAUACUCAGAUUUUAAGGAAAGGCCAAUUUUCAGUAAGACGUUGGUGACAAUAGAGAGGGUAUUUUUCUUUCCCGUGCAAGCUCACUGGUCUGCUGAAUCCUCACCAGCGGCCCCUUGCUAAGAAUGUCUGGUCCAGAGGCUGGAAUCCCCUCACCUUGGAGGUGAAGGGCAUUUACUGUGCUGUGAGAUUACCCAAAGCCCUGCAUUUUCAGAUGGGGGAGCUGAGGCUCAGAGAGGAACAGCUUGCACAAGAGUCCGGGGCUGGGCCGUUGGCCUGGACUCCUUGCCCAGCCUCUGAAACCCCGGAACUCCCAGCCCAGGGCUUGGAGCCUCGCUGAUGUCUAUGGCUCCUGGCCUGCUCCGUGGGAUCCUUGCUCUUCGCUCUGGCGUGGGCGCAGCUCUGCAGGUGCGCGGGGUCCAUCCAAGCUUGGCUGCUGACAGCCCGAGCAGCACCCACCCCGCCGUGUCCCAGGCCGGAGCUGUGGUCCCCAAAUCCGCCGCCCUUCCCAGCAGCCGGGGCGAGUAUGUGGUGGCCAAGCUGGACGACCUCAUCAACUGGGCCCGCCGGAGCUCCCUGUGGCCCAUGACCUUUGGCCUGGCCUGCUGCGCUGUGGAGAUGAUGCAUAUGGCAGCGCCCCGCUACGACAUGGACCGCUUCGGCGUGGUCUUCCGCGCCAGCCCCCGCCAGUCCGACGUGAUGAUCGUUGCUGGGACGCUCACCAACAAGAUGGCCCCCGCGCUCCGCAAGCUGUGCCAACGGAGGUGGCUACUACCACUACUCCUACUCUGUGGUGCGAGGCUGCGACCGUAUUGUGCCCGUGGACAUCUACGUCCCAGGCUGCCCGCCCACAGCCGAGGCCCUGCUCUAUGGCAUCCUGCAGCUGCAGAAGAAGAUCAAGCGCGAGAAGAGGCUCCAGAUCUGGUACCGCAGGUAGUGCCGCUGCCUGGCCGCCCUGCGGCGUCUGCGCUCUUCCCCCAGAGGCGGUCAAUAAAGCCCAUAAAUCCGCCUGGCUGCCCUGCUCCACGUGGUGUGGGGGCCGGGGUGGGGGCCUGGGAGGUGGGCGGGGUCAGGCCUGUCUCUUGUGCGUGGAGAUGCCGAGGCCCCUGGAGUGGACAGCCGGGCCCAGCGUGGCCCAGUGGGAGGCCCCACCCACGAAGGAGGGGAGUGGACACGUCCAAGAGCGGGUCGGGGUGAAGCAGACGACACCGCGGCGACCAGCUGGGCACCAGGGUCCAGGGCAGACAGAUCCAUGGUGUCCCUGUGCUGGGGCUGGAGGGGCGUCGACUCAGAGCGAGGCAUCGUGGUGCAGCCUGACCGGGUGGGACCAGAGGGUCUGGGCCUUGGGGCUGCCACCUGCUAUGAGGUCCUGACCUAGUUCCACCUCCUCUGGGGACCUCAGCUGCC